AUGUCCGUCAUCGAACUUGGAGAGUCCGUACCUGCCUUGACACCACAUGCCACGAGUGUUUCAUUGCCAACAUGGAAAGACAACGUUGGUUACGAAGAGGGUGACCAAAGGGUUGUGGGCAAAAUGACCACUGGAUAUCCUCGAUUCUUCAUUCACAAACUUAUUGUUGCAUUCGCCGAUGACAUUGUUAAAGCAUUUGGCAGUCAAAAUGAACAGGCAAUGCUCUUUCCGUCGGCCAAGACUGCUAGGAGUUGUGUAACGUUUAUGCUUUCGAGAGAUAAGUCCAUAUCUCUAAAUCAACUCACCGUCAUCGACUUGGUCCUUGAGCGUAAUCAAGCAUCAUCGGAAGUCCUCACCAAGAUUUCCCCUUCGAUUUCUGCUGUUUUGUUUGCCAAAGAGUUGUUCCCGGUCGCGAAGCAAUACUGGCAGCAUUCUGGAGAUGGUGUCUCAAGCAGAAGGGCUGAAUUUUGCCACACUCUGUUCCAAGAAGGAUUACUAGUGAAAAAGACAAACCCAAAAAGCCCUCAGAAUGGUGACAAGUUGUGCAAAGGUCCUAGGAGAUACCAGAAAGGUUCCAUAGACAAGACUCCUAGAAGUCAAAACGGCUCGAAAGCCAGCGAGGGCCAUAACUCCCCUAUCUCCUCGAUAAACUCCGAGGCUAGGGAAAGUUCGCAGUUUCUAGAGGAACGCUUUGGCCGAAAUCUGGAUGUUUCCUUUGUGGACAACGCAAGAUCUGCAAUUCGCCGUCGGAUUACAGGCUCUUUGGUUGGUGAAGUUGAUUUGUCCGAGACCCCGAGCACAGACAUGACCUCCAAUAUGCGUGGAGUCGCUGAGCUUUCAGAGGAUGAUGUUUACCUUUAUCCUUGCGGCAUGAACUCGAUUUUCAAUGCCCACCAGAUGUUGUUAAAAACCAGGGGCUCUUUAAAAAGCAUAUCUUUCGGCUUCCCUUACGUCGAUACUCUUAAAAUUCUAGAAAAGUUUGGUCCUGGUUGCACCUUUUACGGCAACGGUUCCUCCGAAGAUUUAGAUGAUUUGGAAAGAAGAUUGAAAGCAGGAGAAAAAUACCUCGCACUAUUCUGUGAAUUUCCGGGGAACCCGAUGCUGAAUUGUCCGGAUCUAAAACGAAUCCGGGCUCUAGCCGACAAAUACGACUUCGCUGUGGUGAUUGAUGAGACUAUUGGAAAUUUUAUCAAUGUUCAUGUUCUACCAUAUGCGGACAUAGUCGUAAGCAGUCUUACGAAAAUAUUCUCAGGAGAAUGCAACGUCAUGGGCGGAAGUGCCAUCUUCAAUACUAGUGGGAAAUAUUAUCAAUCCUUGAAAGCCGUAGCUAGAACAGAGUACGAAGAUAACUACUGGGCCGAAGAUGUUAUGUUCAUGGAACGGAAUAGCCGACACUUUGUAUCUCGAAUUGAAAAAAUCAACGACAAUGCUGAGGUCAUCUGCGAUAUCCUUCGAUCCCAUCCCUUGGUAAAGUCGAUUUACUACCCUAAAUACAACGCGUCUAGAACUUUCUACGAUGACUUUCGUACACCGAAUGGAGGUUAUGGUGGACUUCUUUCAUUCACAUUCAAGGAAAAGCCUCAAGCAGUUGCAUUUUAUGAUAAGAUCGAAACUGCAAAAGGUCCAAGUCUGGGAACUAACUUCACAUUGACUUCACCCUAUGUAAUCCUAGCCCAUUACCUGGAACUGGAUUGGGCGGCGCAAUUUGGAGUACCUGCGGAACUCAUUCGUAUUAGUGUCGGUCUUGAAGAUGCCAGUGAUUUGAAAGACACAUUUGCAAUGGCAUUGAAAGCUGCGGCAGAUUCAACGUCUUGA